UUGAUGACAUGAUUCGUAUCGAGUCCUCGACAAGUAAUUGCAAAGAAAGCAAGCUUACUAGGAAUUCUUUUGACAUAAAAAGCAUCAAGCGUUGACUAUAUAAGAUUCACAAGAUCUUGCUGUUUGCUCCACUCUAGCCAUGAGUGCAGGUGGAAGACAAAGAUUAGCCAUCCAUGAAGCGCACACUACAUUCAGCUUCCACUGAAGAGUAAGACCAGUUUCAUACCACACUUUUGUGUUUGAGUGUCUCAUCUAUUGUUCUUAUUUCUAUCGGUUGACUCGGAGUCAUUACAUUGAUCUGGACAUCCACUAAGCAGUUCACAUGUCAGUCCUUUCCAUUUCAGUCUCCACCAUUUUAGUUGGCACUCAUUAUGUGAAUUCAUGUGGAGUUCCAUGGCACCAUUGCUCAAGAAGAGUAUAGCAAGUCACAGUAACGAGUUUUGUCAAAAUGGAUUACUGUGCAGUUGUCUUAGCCAAACUUCUCCUCCUCCUCCUCCUCCUCUUCUCUUCUGUUCAUCCCUUCUAUCAGAGUGACACUAUUCAGAUCGAGCAAGUUGCACUUUUGGAGUUCAAGAAAGGCAUAGUUGUCGAUCCCGAAAACGUUCUUGGCAAUUGGAGUGAGAGCACCUAUGUCUGCUGGUGGAGUGGCAUCGUUUGUGGUAUGAAACCUGAAAGAGUGAUCAGACUCGAUCUUAGAGGUAAAUCUUUGGGAGGAACAAUCUCGCCAUUUUUGUCGAAUCUGUCUGGCCUUGCAUGGCUUGAUUUGUCCUUGAACUCGUUCCAUGGCCGGAUUCCAACUGAACUUGGAUCUCUGUCUCUGUUGAGCCUGCUUGGCAUGCAAGGGAAUACAUUACAAGGGAGGAUCCCCAAGAGCUUCGCCAUGCUUGCGAAGCUUCGAUACAUCGACCUCAGCAGUAACCAGCUUCAUGGCAGACUUCCCGUCAAGUUCUUGUACAAUUGCUCGCAGUUGAGCUACAUGGAUCUCUCCACUAAUCGGUUCACUGGUUUCAUUCCUCCACAGCUCGGAAACCAUCUUCCUCUUCUGCAGAACCUUCUUCUGUACUCAAACCAGCUCACUGGCAGCUUCCCAGCCUCUGUGUCUAAUUCGACGCUCAUGGAGGAAAUUGAUGUUGAGGACAAUUCCUUGAGUGGCAGAUUACCGUCAGAAACCUUGAUGCAAUUGUCUUUUCUGAAGAUUCUUCAUCUCUCCAACAACAACUUCUCCAGUGAUGAUCAGAACUCCAAUCUUGUCCCUUUCUUCAAUGCCAUCUCCAAACUGACUCAUCUGGAGGAACUUGAGCUGGCAGGGAACAACCUGGGAGGUAAACUACCUGCAUCUCUCGGCAAUCUAAGUGUUAAUCUGUCGGAAAUCGAUCUCCGAGGCAAUCACAUUCAGGGGAUGAUCCCAUCAGAGAUAUCCAUGCUUUCCAUGUUGAAUUGGCUGGAUCUGUCAAACAAUCUUUUGAGUGGAACUAUUCCAUUGGAAGUAGUUCUUCUGCCCAACCUACAAAGGCUGUGGUUGUCCAACAACUCCCUCUCAGGAGAAAUCCCAUCUCCUCCUCAUGCUGUAAACAACAUAGGGCUCUUGGACUUGUCGAAGAACAAGCUCUCUGGCCCCAUUCCUACAGCCUUAGCAAAUCUAACUCAGCUAAGAAGACUGAUACUUAAUGAGAACUUGUUAUCUGGAUCAAUACCUUCAAGCUUGGGAAGCACAAAACUGGAGCUCUUAGACCUGUCCUACAACAGGCUCACAGGAACGGUACCAGCUGAAGUUGCAAGCUUGAGCUCCAUGGCUAUCUAUUUCAAUCUGUCACACAACCUGUUACAUGGAGAACUUCCCAUGGAGCUGAGCAUGUUGAACAAGGUCAAGGAAAUCGAUCUGUCGUCGAACAACUUCAGAGGCCGCAUUCCUGCAAGUCUGGGAAGCUGUGCAGUGGUCGAGCUGGUGAAUCUUUCUCGCAAUCAUCUGCAAGGGCAGAUUCCUCAGUCACUGGGUAGCCUACUGAGCAUCGAAUCGCUGGAUUUGUCAUUCAAUCUCCUCUCCGGAGAAGUUCCAGCCUCGCUUCAGCACUGUGCCAGCCUCAGGCUACUCGAUCUCGCUUUCAACAACUUCAGCGGACCGGUGCCGCAGGGUGGUGUCUUCGACAUCUUGACAUCGGAAUGGAUCCAAGGAAACAAUUUCUGUGGGUCACUACCUGGCAUUCCCAGCUGCCAUCGCAAGAAGAGAAGCGCGAAACAUUCUCGCAAGGCCCUCAUACUGCUCGUAAGCGCCGUCACCGUAUCAGCUUUCCUGGUAACAAUCAUCUGCGCCACAGGUUACAUGAUCAUAAGAAAGAAGAUGAUCAAAAGAGAAGAUGGGGAUCCCGACAAGCUUUCUCUGCGCCUUUCAUCGAGUCACCCGAGAAUAACUUACAGAGAGCUUGUCGAGGCUACAGAAGGGUUCGAGCAAAGCCGAUUGAUAGGGUCCGGUAGCUUUGGACAUGUCUACAGUGGAGUACUGAAUGAUGGCACCUUAGUUGCAGUGAAAGUUCUGCAACUCCAAUCCGGCAACUCCACCAGAAGCUUCAACAGGGAAUGCCAUGUGCUGAAGAACAUCAGGCACAGGAACCUGAUGAGGAUCAUAACAGCUUGCAGUCUUCCAGAUUUCAAGGCCUUGGUGCUCCCAUUCAUGGCCAAUGGAAGCCUGGAGAGCCAUCUCUACCCGGCGGCAGAGAAGGCAGACUGCUCGCAGCUGAGCUUAGUGGAGCGGGUGAACAUCUGCAGUGACGUCGCUGAGGGCUUAGCUUACUUGCACCACCACUCACCAGUGAAAGUUAUCCACUGUGAUCUGAAGCCCAGCAACAUCCUGCUCAAUGACGACAUGACUGCCCUGGUAUCAGAUUUCGGAAUUGCAAGGCUGGUUAUGACCGUGGAAGAAGCAAACGCAGCAGACGAAGCAGCAUCCAACUCGACGGCCAACGUUCUCUGUGGAUCGAUCGGAUACGUUGCUCCAGAGUAUGGAUACGGUCGAGCCGCAUCGAUAAAGGGCGAUGUCUACAGCUUUGGAAUUCUGGUGCUGGAAACAGUGACCAGAAAGAGGCCGACGGACGGCAUGUUUGGCGAAGGUCUGAGCUUGCAGAGAUGGGUGAAGCAGCAGUACCGCAGUCGACUGGAGAGCAUCGUGGACUCGAGACUGAUGAGGGAGGCGUGCGAUCAGAGUCUGGAGGUGAGAAACAUGUAUGAGGUAGCGAUCGUGGAGCUGCUAGAGCUGGGUCUCGUGUGCUCCCAUGAGAGCCCUUCAGGUAGGCCAACCAUGCUUGAUGCUGCAGAUGACUUGGACAGACUGAAACAUUACCUUGGAGGUGAGACAACCGCAACCUUCACAUCCAGCAUUGGAGUCUCAUCAUCCAGCAUCACAACAGAUCCCUGGUAGUAGUCUCUGAAUGUUUCAAUUUUUUGUCCUUUUGGUGUGAACACUUGGAUUGCACACAUUUUGAUGUUGGAAGGUUUGGAUGUUGGUAGAUGAAUAUUUCCUUAUUGUUGAUCAGCAGUGUUGACUCCUUUACCUGAUCA